AUGGAGGGGGAGACAGAAGGAAGCCAAGAUCUUUCUAGCAUACACCCACUAAGAAGUGGGGCAGAGAAAGGUACUGAGCUAACAGAUGACCCUCAAAGUGAGCCAUCCACUGCAUUGAAAUCCAAAGCAUCUUUUACUUGCUGCUACCCUGAAUCCCCAACAACUCUCUCUGGUUCAGCUGUUUCUGCUCUGCAAUCUAAAGUUAAGGCAGUGUCCCAGAGAAAGCUCAAGGGGAAGGAGAGAGAUGAUCUAGUGAACAAGAUUUCUAAAGAACAGUCAGGCAAGAAAAGUCAAGAUGAUGAGGUGUUGUUUCCUUGUCAAACAGAAAACACUGAGCAGAGCAGGAAGUCAAGCACUGGUGAUGAAAAAGUGUUGGAACCCAAGUUUCAGGUGUCCACUGCCCUGACCAACUCUGUGAUGCAAGGAGACAAGGAGACUUGCAGCAAAAGUGGGAAAGACACCCUAUCUCAGGGUGCAGCUGGGAUGUCCCGUGGGCUUUGUGAAGGGUCUAGUCUGGAAAACAUUGCAGUAGGUGGUGCUGGUGAGCCUCAAGGGGACACCCCACCAUCAAAGUCAACAACGUCUUCUCCCAGGCAUUGGGCUCCUCCCAAGGGCUUUUGGAGAGUGGCCCGACCAGAGACGUUAUUUCUAAAUUCAGAGAGUCCCUCCACACAGGCAACUCCAAAGGAUGUACCACCUAUAAUUGAGAAGGAUCCAAAAUGGAAGCCAAAGGUGAAGGCUGUGGGUGCAAUGGUUCACAAGGAGCUGCAAAGGUCUGACAGCUUGGAAAGUGCUUUUCGUAGGUGUCUCAAGAAGGAAACCGGCAUGGCGGAUCCAGUCGGUGGCCUAUGGAAGGCAGACAGCUGGGAGACUGUGUGCUCCAGAGGAGGGACUUUGUCUCUUGCAGAGAAAGUAGAGAUUAGCAAGAGGCACCAAUACCAAGUCAAGGCCAUUGAUAUCACAAAUUCUAUGCAUCCAGAGGGACAGUAUCAACCACCAAAGAAGCCAUACAGAGAUUUACCACCCUACGAAGUAGAUGACUGGGACUCAGCAAUCUUCACAAAGGAGCCUGUUUUUAACUACAGACCUCUGAUUGCCACCACUGAAGUAACUCUCAGCCCACGUCAUGAGCAAGCAAAGCGUCUGUUAGCGAGAGCUCGAUUCAAAGCACGUUCUCAAAACCCUAAAAGUGACAACCCUACCUGCCCUGCUCAAAGGGAGGAACUGGAGGUCUUACCAAUCAGUGUUUCAUCUAUACUGCACGGUGCUGUUCUUGUCACGGCUCAGGAGGAGGUGGCUUCCCCUCAUCAGCAGUUGGACAUCCGAGGCAGGAACCAUGAACAUGGGGUGCGCUUACGUUAUGGACACUCACCUACACGAGUACGUUUCGAAGAUGAGUCAGAAAAGGAGGCUGAGCGACGGUACCUAGAGCGGGUUCGUGAACGUGGGCCAGUGGUGGUGGAGAAAUCCCACUCCACCCAGCAGCUAAAAGCAGAACCUGCAUUCAACAUCCCAAAAGAAAGCAGGGGGACGUCGAUAAAUUGGUUAAACGUUGGUUUCCCUGUGGCCAUAUUGACCAAAGAAGGAGAGUGUCUAGCUGCCAUGGUGCCAAAUGAAGAAAUUGUCAGGACGUGUGAGGCCUGUGGGAGCAUCCUGGGACCUGCACAGGCCAAAGAUUCUCCUGCCACAACAACACACAGUAGCAUAGAAUCUCAGGUGAAGAGAGUCCCUCGAUGGGUCAUCCCUGACCAAUCCAGUCAAACCAUGAGCCCAACCUUCAUGGAAAGGAUCACUUUCACUGGAGGCCACAGCCUGGCUGAAAGUGUUGGAAGGGGAGGUGUGGGUGGUGCAGGUGAAAGUAUGUCAGCUUUUGGGAAAUUGCGAAGGAGGAGCAGGAAAGGGGAGAGCAGAGGUGAAACAGGCCAUGGCCCCUAUGCCCGAUGCCAGGAUCUUUGGACUCAGAGAAGAAACUCCAAAACCAGGUCAAGUCUGGAGGAUCUAACUACUCGCUCUAAAGUUAUGAAGACACCAGCACAAGGUGUCGCUUUUGCCACAGAAACCUCAUCUGUGCUUGAGAAUAAUGAUCUCACCACCAAUGUCAGGGACUCUCCUACUCCCCAGCUUCCCAUCAAAUCGGCUCUGAAAUCAGGUUCCAAGAGCAGGCAGACAGGGCAGCGGGUGGUUAAGCUAAUGCCCUCAGUUAAGUACCGCUUAAUUCACCUUGACCACAAGCUGGAUGGAGGCUCUCACCACGAAAGUAUUCAGCCUGAAGAACACCACAGUGUCACUCUCAGUGCCUCCCCCCGGGUUCUUCCAGUCACCUCAGGACUGACUUUUUGUACCAGACCAUCCUCUCUCAGGUAUUCCUCAUCUAUGCUGACAACAGACAUCCAGGCUCUAAAAAUAUGGGACCCUGCAGCAGACCCAGUCACUUGUCGUUUGGCAAGUGAGGGUGUCUGCAGGGAUCCCAGAAGCUCUUGCGCACCUCCUGUUCCCUCUGAGUGCCGCUCAGUUCUGAGAUCUAUGGGCUUGUCCAAGGCAGAUGACCUGAGGGCAGAACUUCUGAGAGCAGAGCACCAAAAGGCUGAAAUGCACUGGGAUGACAGUGUAGCUGGGUCUAGGAGAGGAGGGGAGAGAGAAGGGAGGCCUAAGUUAUCUCUCCGCCGCUUUUUCUCAGCCAUGGGUCUGAACAGUGUGGGUAAGCUGGUGACGGGCAGCCGCUCCAACAGCAUGGAGCAUCUGUGUUCCCCCACAGCCCGCUACAGUUCUACCUCCCCCAGCUCUACACACAGAGGCCUGGCCCCUCUGCUGAGAACCCCCUCUCUCCAGUUACUCCACACAGUGUCUCCUUUGACACAGUUACGUAAAGCAUCUUCAGUACAGAGUCUACAGUCCCCAAAAAGGAAGUUUGAAUGCUCCACUAUACUAGGAGAGUUACCAUUGCCAUUGAGUUUGGGACCCAGGGAACUUCAGAAGGAAGAGAGUGUAGCGGAGGAUUCUCAAGGGACAGGUCCACUAGGGCGGUUGAUACAGGCCUUUCCGGAUGGAACUUUACUUAUAGAGCUCAUCAGACCUGCCAAUGGACCCUUCGGCUUUGUCAUCUCCAGGGGUAAAGGGAGACCAGACUCAGGUAUAUAUGUGGAACGAGUUGGAGACAGUCCCACAGAGAACAUCUACACUGGGCUACUGGGUGUUGGAGAUGAGAUUUUAGAAGUCAAUGGGGAAAUCAUAGCUGGACUGACCCUAGAUCAGGUUACACGCCUAAUGACCCGUGAUAGCAAAGCCACUAUCCGGAUCCUUCAACAUUCCUGGAUCAAGCAUUGAUGCAAGUGGAGCAAACUACAGACCAUGGAAUUGUAAAGAUGACAACAAAGGACAGGACAAAUUACAAAACAUUGAAUUUACACUGUUAUUUAUCUGCAAGUUAUAGUGAAGGGCAUGUACAAUCAAUAACAUGUGCAAUGCAUUGUUCACAGAGCAAUAAGAAAUAAAUAUAU